AUGGCACCGAGAUUUAUGGAAAUCGCUGAGAUAGAGCUUCUCAUCGGCGGGGAUAAUGAGAAAGAAGCCGAGAUUAAGGGAGGGAGCGGGACUGUUAAUUGGGCUGAGAUAACAUCUUAUGACUCAAAUUGUGCGAGGGGGUUUGAGGUGGAGGAAAAGAAAAUAUGCGAAUACAAGAGCGAGAGGUUUUGGGGCGUGUGCCUUAGUGACAUAAAGUGUGCUGACGUGUGCAAAGAUGAGAGCUUCGAAAGCGGCGACUGCCAGGGCCUCCGCCGCCGUUGCAUGUGCUACAACCAUUGCUGA